ACAAGACAUAAGUGAAAUCCUUUCUUAUUCCCUAGCUCCCUCCCUAUAUUAUUUGUGCAGCUAUGGUAAAAUCUGAACUCGGACACCAGAGCUCCUAUAUAACCCACCCUUCUCCCCUCCAUUUCUCUCUCUCACUCUCUCUCUCUGACAUAAAAGAAAAACACAAGUAGAACAACAUGGGUUUUCCUGUUGGCUAUUCAGAACUACUUCUCCCAAAACUCCUUCUCCACGCACUUUCUGUUCUGGGUUUCUUCAGAAAACUAAUAAACACUCUCUUUCACUACCUAGGCCUCCCUGACUUUCUUGAGCCCAAUACUUCUUCCUCUUCAACCAACAAUAUCCCUCCAUUUCGUGUCCCUGAAUUCCACAACCACUCAGUCUCCGCCCUUCUCAUCCGUGAGAUCCUUCCUGUUGUCAAGUUUUCAGAACUUGUUGAUCCUUCUGCUGACUGCUGUGCUGUUUGUCUUUAUGAGUUUAAAGAGGUUGAUGAGAUCAGACGGCUUGCAAACUGUCGCCAUAUAUUUCACAAGUGCUGUUUGGACCGUUGGAUGGGGUACGAUCAGAUAACUUGUCCACUUUGUAGGACACCAGUAAUUCCUGAUGAUAUGCAGGAGAGUUUCAACGAAAGGUUAUGGGCUGCUUCUGGUAUUCCUGAUUUUUAUGGGGAGUAUUCACAAAUUCCUGACUUGUAGUAGACUUUUAGUAAUUUUCUCUUUCUAUAAAAAGAAAAGAAAA